GGAAGAACAGCCGGGAGUCGCUUAGGGCUUAGGGCUUUGCCACAGAGAAUGCCACUAGCGCCGAUGCUUGGAAAUCAACCCGGGAGAAGGUCGCAGUGCCAGGCGACUUUAAAGGACUUUCGACUCCGUCCAUCUCGCCAACCCAACCCGUCAAAAAACCCCCGUUCGCAGGAAGUGCAGUUAUCGCCCAUUUCCAGCUUUCAAGAUGGCCCGUCGUCCCGCUCGCUGCUACCGCUACUGCAAGAACAAGCCCUACCCCAAGUCCCGCUUCAACCGUGGUGUCCCUGACCCUAAGAUCCGUAUCUUCGAUCUCGGACGCAAGAGGGCCAACGUCGACGACUUCCCAACAUGUGUGCACAUGGUCUCCAACGAAUACGAACAGUUGACCUCUGAGGCCCUCGAAGCUGCCCGUAUUUCUGCCAACAAGUACCUCGUCAAGAUGGCCGGAAAGGAAGGUUUCCACCUGCGUGUGCGCGCCCACCCCUUCCACGUUGUGCGUAUCAACAAGAUGUUGUCGUGUGCCGGAGCCGAUCGUCUCCAAACCGGUAUGCGUGGUGCCUUUGGCAAGCCCAACGGCUCCGUUGCCCGCGUGAACAUUGGUCAGAUUUUGCUGUCUGUCCGUACCCGUGACGCCAAUCGCCCCAUCGCUGUCGAAGCCCUGCGCCGCUCCAUGUACAAGUUCCCCGGUCGCCAAAAGAUCAUUGUCUCCAAGAACUGGGGCUUCACGCCUCUGCGCCGCGAGGAGUAUGUUCGUCUGCGCCAGGAGGGCCGUGUCAAGAUCGAUGGUGCCUACGUGCAAUUCCACCGCCACCACGGAAGUGUCGAGGAGAACAUUAAGCGCUUCCCAGAGGCUUAUGAGAAUGUUUCCCAGGCUUAAUUUUAAAAUUUUAAGUUUUUAAGUUUAGUCAGGAAUUGAUUUACGUUGCACACACUUUUUCAUACCCUCCCAUUACCCCAUUGGAGUUACUAUGGUUCGGAUCGUCUCGACAGCUUGUAUGUAUCUGAAACAAUCAAGGUCGUCUGAAUUACUACUCAAAAACAUCCUUCAUUACUUGAAUUGCGUGUAACUGUAUUCAUGUAGUUGAUCGUGAAGAAUUUGAAUUGAAG